AUGUCAUUGCAACCCCAAGACAUGAAUGCACUACUGCACGCAAUGCGUACGCAGAUAGCUGCAUUAACCUCGCAGCUCGCCGAGAUACAGGCCAAUCCCCCUGUAGCAACCCCCUCGGUAGAGAAAAAGUUUAACAAGAAAGUCGAAGUCGUCGCUGACCCUGGCGCCUUCAAAGGAGAUAGAGCGCAAUUUGCCGAAUGGUGGAUCAAACUCCAGAUUUGGGUCAAGGUGAACUGGGACGUGUUUGCCGACGAUUUUGAGGCCCAAGUACAAUUACAGGAGUGCUACACUGCGGGAGUGUGGCCCACCUGGGACGAUCUCAAAAUAGAGAUCGAAAAAUAUUUCAAACCGCAAGCUGAGCGUGACUGGGCGCGUCAGCAAAUCCGUUCCUUCAAACAAGGAAACAUGAGGACGGAUGAUUUUGUAACCCGGUUCCUGGCCCUCUCAAUCCAAGGGGGUCUUGGCAAUGAACAUGCAGUAGAACUGCUAGAACGCAAUGUGAACCCUCGCAUUGCAGAGCAGAUCUAUCUGCAAGAUACACGAAGCGACAACUUGGCCCUGGCGGCUGAGGAAGUACGACGAGUCGGUAGAGCCAUAGAGCUCUACACCAUGCACCAAGGUGGCGGGUCCACCAAACAAAACAACACAUCCCAGAGGCGCCCUGGGUCAUCAAACCAACAUCAAAAUCACUCUCACGGGUUCCAGCCGUUUGGGCUGCAACCAGGUCGGGGUGCCCCUAUGGAUAUCGGCGCGGUCCAGGGCAGACAGACCCGCAGAUUUACCUGCUACAACUGUGGGCAGGAGGGGCACAUAGCCCGAAAGUGUCCAAAUGGAGCGCAGGCCGCUCAACAAAAAAAUAACCAAGGGCGCCAGGCGCGCCAACUAGAAUCAGAAAAGCCGGACGAUCGGCUUAACUCAUUAGCCGGUCGUUCUUACAACGAAAUCCGGGCUUUCUUCUACGACCAGCAGGUCAAUGAAAUGAAGGCCCAGGGAAAAGCAUUUGGAGCUUAG